GCUUUAGUCCGCUGCGAAAGAUCUCCUUUCUUCCUAAGGGUGAAGAAUUACGGGGAAAUUUAAUUAGCGUAAAACAUGGCUCUGAGAUGGCUUGUUCAUUCAGCAUGCCAUGUUUUGGGGCACCCCAACAAUAAUAUUGAAGAUGGCCAUGGAGACAUGAUGAUCAAGAAGUUGAAGAUUGGGGAAGAUUGCAUGGAUAUGUAUCCGUCUGGUUUUCAGAUGCCUCUUCAUUACCCUCGUUACACCAAGGCCGAUUAUGAGAAGAUGGAGGAGUGGAAGGUGGACUUGCUCCUCAGGCAAUACGGUCUCAAUUUCAAGGCCGCCCUUGAUGAGAAGAGAGCUUUUGCCAUGGGAGCAUUCCUUUGGCCUGACCAGUAUUAAUCAGCUUCGAAUUCCGGAGUUGGAUCGAUGCUACAAGCCUGCAACAUAUAUAUCCUUAGUAUUCAAUAAUCCAGUGGGCAUACAUAAAAUGUACUUGAUACAUAUGCAUAAGUUUUUAUGACCUAUGAUAGUUAUUAUAUAUUGUAUAUACGUAUCGGCAUGUUUUUUCUUUUUGAGAAAAUUAAAUAUGAUUCUCAAUC